AUGGCCACUUCUCAUAUAUUAUUGCUCUCUUUUCUUUUUCAGUUUCUUCUUCUCUUUUCACUUCCUUUGGAGACUGCAACUUCAGAAACAACUGAGGGAAGAGCCCUUCUCAAAUGGAAGAACACCCUUCAUUUCAAUACUGAUGCUCUUCGUUCUUGGUCCAUUGCUAAUCUUGACAACAUUUGUUGGAAUUGGACGGGUAUCACUUGCAACAAUGCUGGAGCUGUUUAUAAGAUAAAGCUAAACAAUUUCAGCCUCUCAGGUACACUUGAAAGCCUUGACUUCAUUUCAUUUCCAAAUCUCACCCAUUUUAGCCUCCCUAAUAACAGCUUUACUGGAUCAGUUCCAUAUGCAAUUGCUAACCUCUCCCAGCUAGUUUUCUUGGACCUCAGUUGGAACGGUUUUGUAAAUUUUAUACCAACAGAAAUUGGAAGAUUAACAAAUCUCCGGUUCUUGGACCUUGGAGGAAACCAUCUUGGUGGUACUAUUCCCUCCCAGAUAAGCCAUCUUCAACAUCUUACUUCCCUCUCCUUAUAUGCCAAUUCUUUGACUGGCCAAAUUUCACAAUCAAUAUUCUCCAAUUUGAGCAACCUUCAAACUUUUGAUUGUAGGCACAAUCUGUUACAUGGGCCAUUUCCAACAAGUUUAGUCAAGCUAUCCAAGCUUAAACAACUUGACCUAUUUGCUAACAGUUUCUAUGGGUCAAUACCUCCUACAAUUAGAAAUCUAAGUUCACUAACCAACCUUGAUCUCAGCUAUAACAAGUUGCAAGGAAAUAUUCCAGAAACAAUAUGCAAUCUUCACUCCCUUAACGCGCUUUAUUUAUAUAACAAUAAGUUUAGUGGCUUGAAUCCUCAAUGCCUUGGAAAUAUUACCUCACUAAGACAUCUUUCUCUAGAUUUCAAGGUGCUGCAUGAGAAUAUUCCUAGAAUACUAUGCAAUCUUCACUCCCUUGAAGGCCUUUAUUUAAAUUACAAUUAUUUUGGUGAUGUAAUUCCACAAUGCUUAGGGAAUAUAACAUCAUUAAAGUGUCUUUCUCUCGGUUCCAAUACUGAGCAAGGAAAUAUUCCAAGAGCACUUUGCAAUCUUCCUUCCAUUGAGUAUUUGUAUUUAUCUUUUGAUAAUUUGGGAGACCCAAUUCCACAAUGUCUAGGAAAUAUAACUUCACUAAGAGAACUUUCACUCUAUUCUAACACUGGGCAAGGAAAUAUUCCAGAGGGAUUUUGCAAUCUUCCCUCCCUUGAGUAUCUAUAUUUGUCCAUUAAUAAUUCGGGAGGUCUGAUUCCACAAUGUUUUGGAAAUAUAACCUCAUUGAGAUAUCUUUAUCUCUACUCCAACAUGUUGAAAGGAAGUAUUCCAAGAUCACUAUGUAACCUUCUUUCCCUUGAGGAUAUGGAUUUAUCACACAAUAGUUUGGAAGGUUUGAUCCCAUGGUGCUUUGGAAAUAUAUCCUCACUAAGAAAUCUUUAUCUCUACUCCAACAUGUUGAAAGGAAGUAUUCCAAGAUCACUAUGCAAUCUUGGUUCCCUUGAGGUUAUGGAUUUAUCAGACAAUAGUUUAUUGGAAGGUUUGAUCCCACUGUGCCUCGGAAAUAUAUCCUCACUAAGAUAUAUUUAUCUUAGUUCCAACAAGCUAAAAGGAAGUAUUCCAAGAUCACUAUGCAAUCUUUUUUCCCUGGAGGGUAUGGACUUAUCAUACAAUAAUUUUGAAGGAUUGAUUCCAUGGUGCCUUGGAAAUAUAUCCUCACUAAGAUAUAUUUAUCUUAGCUCCAACAAGCUGAAGGGAAGUAUUCCAAGAUCACUAUGCAAUCUUCAACAGUCUCUUGAAGUGCUCAUUUUAUCCGACAACAGUUUGGAUGGCCCAAUUCCUCAAUGCUUGGAAAAAUUGAAAAUUUUGACAACUUUAAUUGUUUUUAAAAACAAGCUUGGAGGCAUGUUAGCUCCAACUCCAGUUCCCGCAAUAAGUAAUGGCACAGAUCAAACAACAAAUUCUAGUUUGAUUUAUGGAAUAGAUACAUGGUUUUGCAGUUUGAGUUCCUUGAAAUUUCUUGAUCUAUCAGACAACAAUUUACAUGGUCCAUUGCCUCAGUGUUUACUGAACUUCAGCAAGGAACUUACUGUUAUUAAUUUUGCAAGAAAUCAUUUUCAGGGGCUUGUUCAGGGAGUUUGCACAAACAGAAACAUGUUGGAGUAUUUGAAUUUGAAUGACAACCAAUUGGGAGGGCCAUUGCCCCGAGGUUUAAGAAAUUGCAACAAUCUUAAAUUUCUAGAUCUUGGAAACAAUAGGUUUCAUGAUUCAUUCCCUCAUUGGUUAGAUACUCUUCUUGAUUUGCGUGUUCUUGUGUUGAGAUCUAAUCAUUUUUAUGGUGAAAUAUGCACUUCUAACACUACAUUUCCAUUCCCAAAGGUGCAUAUAUUUGAUAUUUCACACAAUGAGUUCAAUGGUCCUCUACCAAGGUAUUAUAUGGAAAACUUUGAAGCCAUGCAGAGGGAAAAUGAUGAUGAAAGGCUGUCAUUUUAUGAAGCUUCAAUAAGCCUUGUGUGGAAAGGGGUGGAGCUUCAAGUGGUGCAUUAUAAUAUCUGCACAUCCCUUGAUUUAUCUAGUAACUACUUCCAUAGUGAGAUUCCAAAAUCUUUGGGAAGGUUAAGUGUCAUCCGGUUUCUAAAUCUCUCACACAACCAGCUCACUGGUUACAUUCCUCCAUCCCUGGGAAAUUUGACAAUUCUUGAGGCGCUUGAUCUAUCAUCGAACAAAUUAGUGGGCGAGAUUCCAAGACAACUUUCAAGAUCCUUGACAUUUCUUGCUGUACUAAAUCUUUCUUAUAAUAAUCUUUCUGGUCCUAUACCUAAUGGCCCACAGUUUAACACAUUUGGCAACAAUUCCUAUUUAGGAAACACGGGUCUGUGUGGAUUUCCACUAACUUUGAAAUGCCAGAACAGAGGUGAAGGGAAAGCACCAGAUGUGGAGGAUUCAGACAAAUUUUGGAGUGGAUUUGGUUGGCGAAGUGUUGUUAUUGGAUACAGUUGUGGCAUGCCAUUUGGUAUUUUGAUAGGAUAUCUCAUAUUCAAGUAUGGAAAACCACGGUGGCUUAUAAGGUUAAUACUUGGGAAUUGA